AUGAACGCCCGAGGUUCAGAAUUUGCACGAGCUCGCAGAUCCGACGCACCAUCGACUAGGAAAGAGAAAGUCCGUAAAAAGCGGCUGAAGGUCAAGCCAGAACUCAGUGAUGAAUACAAGCAGUCCGAGAGCGUCUACUACAGGAAGACUGGUAAUGAGUCAGUUGUGGGCAGCGGCACAUACGGCAAGGUAUACAAAGCUAUACAUGUCUACACGGGAGGCAUGGUGGCUCUCAAAAAGAUCCGCAUGGAGGGUGAACGUGACGGAUUCCCUGUCACUGCCAUACGCGAGAUCAAGCUUCUGCAGUCGCUCAACCAUCUUAAUGUCGUGCCCCUACUGGAGGUCAUGGUCGAACGCAACGACUGCUUCAUGGUUUUUGAGUAUCUCUCUCACGACUUGACGGGCUUGUUAAAUCAUCCAUCCUUUGCUCUUACACCUGCCCACAAAAAGCAUCUUGCAAAGCAGCUGUUCGAGGGUCUCGAUUACCUGCACAGAAGAGGAGUCCUGCAUCGAGACAUCAAGGCCGCUAAUAUACUCAUUUCCAAGACUGGCGAGCUCAAACUAGCUGACUUUGGUCUGGCGCGAUUCUACCAAAAACGGCAGAAGCAAGACUAUACGAAUCGUGUCAUUACGAUCUGGUAUCGGAGCCCCGAAUUGCUGCUCGGUGAGACUCAGUAUGGCCCUGCGGUUGACAUUUGGAGUGCCGCUUGUGUCCUGGUAGAGAUCUUUACUCGUCAUGCAAUCUUUCCUGGCGACGGCAGUGAGAUCAACCAACUGGACAAGAUAUACAAUGUGCUUGGAACGCCGUCACGCAGCGAAUGGCCUGGCAUACACGAAUUACAAUGGUACGAGCUCCUGCGUCCAACGCACCGAUUGCAAUCGACCUUUGCAGAAAAGUAUCGAGAGCGAGUAUCACCGGAAGCUUUUGAACUUUUGCAGGCAAUGUUCCUGUACGACCCUGCAAACCGACCUACUGCUGCCGACGUACUCGAACAUCCAUACUUCACGAUCGAAGAACCGAAGCCAGCACAAGUGGUUGAACUUGCAAACCUUGAAGGCGAUUGGCAUGAGUUUGAGAGUAAAGCUUUGAGGAAAGAAAAGGAAAGGCACGAGCGCGAUGCCAGACGUGCUGCUCGAGAAGGUGAUAAGCGGAAGGCGGAAGAGACGCCUACUGGAGCUGCGCCGCCUGAUGCGAAGAAGAUGAAGCCUCCUCCUGGACCCGCUGCGGAUGUUGGCGCGUAG